GUAUCUUUGCGUUCAAGUGUGUGCGGGCGGAGGAGAUCUUCAACAUGCUGCAGGACAUCAUGCACAACAACAGCAUCAGCGUAGUGGAGGAGCAGGUGGUGGAGGUCAACCCUAUAGGGUCUGUUGAGGCUGAGCUGCCCUGCACACCUCACACUGCUGCUGGUAAGACCUGUUACACUCACUCCUACUAGUACGACCUGUCACACUCACUCCUACUAGUUAGACCUGUCACACUCACUCCUACCAGUUAGACCUGUCACACUCACUCCUACCAGUUAGACCUGUCCCACUCACUCCUACUAGUACGACCUGUCACACUCACUCCUACCAGUUAGACCUGUCACACUCACUCCUACCAGUUAGACCUGUCACACUCACUCCUACCAGUUAGACCUAUUACACUCACUCCUACUAGUACGACCUGUCACACUCACUCCUACUAGUACGACCUGUCACACUCACUCCUACUAGUACGACCUGUCACACUCACUCCUACCAGUUAGACCUGUCACACUCACUCCUACUAGUACGACCUGUCACACUCACUCCUACUAGUACGACCUGUCACACUCACUCCUACUAGUACGACCUGUUACACUCACUCCUACUAGUACGACCUGUCACACUCACUCCUACCAGUUAGACCUGUUACACUCACUCCUACUAGUACGACCUGUCACACUCGCUCCUACUAGUACGACCUGUCACACUCACUCCUACUAGUACGACCUGUCACACUCACUCCUACUAGUACGACCUGUCACACUCACUCCUACCAGUUAGACCUGUCACACUCACUCCUACUAGUACGACCUGUUACACUCACUCCUACUAGUACGACCUGUCACACUCACUCCUACCAGUUAGACCUGUCACACUCACUCCUACUAGUACGACCUGUCACACUCGCUCCUACUAGUACGACCUGUCACACUCACUCCUACUAGUACGACCUGUCACACUCACUCCUACUAGUACGACCUGUCACACUCACUCCUACCAGUUAGACCUGUCACACUCACUCCUACUAGUACGACCUGUCACACUCACUCCUACUAGUACGACCUGUCACACUCACUCCUACUAGUACGACCUGUCACACUCACUCCUACUAGUACGACCUGUCACACUCACUCCUACUAGUACGACCUGUCACACUCACUCCUACCAGUUAGACCUGUCACACUCACUCCUACUAGUACGACCUGUCACACUCACUCCUACUAGUACGACCUGUCACACUCACUCCUACCAGUUAGACCUGUCACACUCACUCCUACUAGUACGACCUGUUACACUCACUCCUACCAGUUAGACCUGUCACACUCACUCCUACUAGUUAGACCUGUCACACUCACUCCUACCAGUUAGACCUGUCACACUCACUCCUACUAGUACGACCUGUCACACUCACUCCUACCAGUUAGACCUGUCACACUCACUCCUACCAGUUAGACCUGUCACACGCACUCCUACUAGUUAGACCUGUCACACUCACUCCUACCAGUUAGACCUGUCACACUCACUCCUACUAGUUAGACCUGUCACACUCACUCCUACUAGUACGACCUGUCACACUCACUCCUACUAGUACGACCUGUCACACUCACUCCUACCAGUUAGACCUGUUACACUCACUCCUACUAGUACGACCUGUCACACUCACUCCUACCAGUUAGACCUGUCACACUCACUCCUACUAGUACGACCUGUCACACUCACUCCUACCAGUUAGACCUGUCACACUCACUCCUACCAGUUAGACCUGUCACACGCACUCCUACUAGUACGACCUGUCACACUCACUCCUACUAGUACGACCUGUUACACUCACUCCUACUAGUACGACCUGUCACACUCACUCCUACUAGUACGACCUGUCACACUCACUCCUACCAGUUAGACCUGUUACACUCACUCCUACUAGUACGACCUGUCACACUCACUCCUACCAGUUAGACCUGUCACACUCACUCCUACCAGUUAGACCUGUCACACUCACUCCUACCAGUUAGACCUGUUACACUCACUCCUACUAGUACGACCUGUCACACUCACUCCUACCAGUUAGACCUGUCACACUCACUCCUACUAGUUAGACCUGUCACACUCACUCCUACCAGUUAGACCUGUCACACUCACUCCUACUAGUACGACCUGUCACACUCACUCCUACCAGUUAGACCUGUCACACGCACUCCUACUAGUACGACCUGUCACACUCACUCCUACUAGUACGACCUGUUACACUCACUCCUACUAGUACGACCUGUCACACUCACUCCUACUAGUACGACCUGUCACACUCACUCCUACCAGUUAGACCUGUUACACUCACUCCUACUAGUACGACCUGUCACACUCACUCCUACCAGUUAGACCUGUCACACUCACUCCUACUAGUACGACCUGUCACACUCACUCCUACCAGUUAGACCUGUCACACUCACUCCUACCAGUUAGACCUGUCACACGCACUCCUACUAGUACGACCUGUCACACUCACUCCUACUAGUACGACCUGUUACACUCACUCCUACCAGUUAGACCUGUUACACUCACUCCUACUAGUACGACCUGUCACACUCACUCCUACUAGUACGACCUGUCACACUCACUCCUACCAGUUAGACCUGUUACACUCACUCCUACUAGUACGACCUGUCACACUCACUCCUACCAGUUAGACCUGUCACACUCACUCCUACCAGUUAGACCUGUUACACUCACUCCUACUAGUACGACCUGUCACACUCACUCCUACCAGUUAGACCUGUCACACUCACUCCUACUAGUUAGACCUGUCACACUCACUCCUACCAGUUAGACCUGUCACACUCACUCCUACCAGUUAGACCUGUCACACUCACUCCUACUAGUACGACCUGUCACACUCACUCCUACUAGUACGACCUGUCACACUCACUCCUACCAGUUAGACCUGUCACACUCACUGCUACCAGUUAGACCUGUCACACUCACUCUUACUAGUACGACCUGUCACACUCACUCCUACUAGUACGACCUGUCACACUCACUCCUACUAGUUAGACCUGUCACACUCACUCCUACCAGUUAGACCUGUCACACUCACUCCUACCAGUUAGACCUGUCACACUCACUCCUACCAGUUAGACCUGUCACACCCACUCCUACCAGUUAGACCUGUCACACUCACUCCUACCAGUUAGACCUGUCACACUCACUCCUACUAGUUAGACCUGUCACACUCACUCCUACUAAUUAGACCUGUCACACUCACUCCUACUAGUACGACCUGUCACACUCACUCCUACUAGUACGACCUUUUACACUCACUCCUACCAGUUAGACCUGUCACACUCACUCCUACUAGUACGACCUUUUACACUCACUCCUACCAGUUAGACCUGUUACACUCACUCCUACUAGUACGACCUGUCACACUCACUCCUACUAGUACGACCUUUUACACUCACUCCUACCAGUUAGACCUGUCACACUCACUCCUACCAGUUAGACCUGUCACACUCACUCCUACUAGUACGACCUGUCACACUCACUCCUACUAGUACGACCUGUCACACUCACUCCUACUAGUACGACCUGUUACACUCACUCCUACUAGUUAGACCUGUCACACUCACUCCUACCAGUUAGACCUGUCACACUCGCUCCUACUAGUACGACCUGUCACACUCACUCCUACCAGUUAGACCUGUCACACUCACUCCUACUAGUUAGACCUGUCACACUCACUCCUACCAGUUAGACCUGUCACACUCACUCCUACUAAUUAGACCUGUCACACUCACUCCUACCAGUUAGACCUGUCACACUCACUCCUACCAGUUAGACCUGUCACACUCACUCCUACCAGUUAGACCUGUCACACUCACUCCUACCAGUUAGACCUGUCACACUCACUCCUACCAGUUAGACCUGUCACACUCACUCCUACUAGUACGACCUGUCACACUCACUCCUACCAGUUAGACCUGUCACACAAACACAUUGUAUGAAUCGUAUGUCUCUCCUCUUCCCAGCUCAAGGCUACUCUGUACCCACGUUACCAAACGGUAUAGGACGCUACCCGUCGUUUGGUGAGGCCUCGUCGCGCCCUUCUAGCCGACACCCUUCUGUAGGCAGUGCCAGGCUGCCCUCUGUGGGAGAGGAGUCAACGCACCCUCUCCUGGCCUCGGACCAGUCGGUGAGAACACCCCCCUUUGGUCAUGGACCCCUGUGGAUAACUGUUAUUAUCGAUGCAUUCAAAGCCACUGACUAAGAAGCAUUGACUUUCUUGUUGCUGUAUGAUCAGAUUAUUUUCUCAACGAGUUGUUAUUUUGUCUUUGGAUUUAGUUUGAAGAUGUUACUGAUCCAGGCAGAGCAGUGGAAUGUGUCAGUGUGUGUUUUUAAACUCUCUCUCUCUCAGGUCCACACCUACGUCAACACGUCAGGUGUACGGGAUGACCUUCGCACUCGCCCCAGCAGCCACACCCCCUUGGAGCUGCGGCUGUCCAAUCCGGAGACGACCUCCUCGCUAGCCACCGCCCCUCCGUCACCCACGGAGACAGACAUGGACACAGAGCCCCAGGUGCUGCUGGAGCCAGAAGGGGUUACAUUUAUCCUCGGUCCCACACCGGCUCAGAGGAGGCAGAAGCAGACCCGUGGGGAUGGGGACAGGGAGGCUGGUUCCAGAGGGGAUGGGGAUGGGGACGGGGAGGCUGAGUCUAGGGGGUCUGGGGAUGGAGAGAUGGUGCUUGGGGUGUCUGGGUCUAACGGUGAGCCCAGCUCGGCAGCUCCCUCUGGGGGUCUGAACGGGAAUGGGAACGGCUGUGUGGUGGGCUCCACCCUGGGUCUCCAGGCAGGAGACUGUGAUACGGGGUAUGACAGUGAUGAACGCAAAGACGCCCCCCCUCCCCCUCUUCCUCCUAACCCUAACCCUCCACCUCACCAAGGAGCCAAACCCAGCACCAUCUCCACCUAUGAGCACCACAACGGCAACACCACCCAUCCUUACGUCUCCACCCCUGUCCCUGUUCCAGCCCCCAACCCCCGGCGUAACCGCGCCGCCAUCCCCCUCCCUGACUCCUCCCACAACGCCAACAACUCCGCCCAGCGGCGCACGGCGCUCCUUAACUACGAGAACCUUCCGGCGCUGCCUCCGGUGUGGGAGACGGCCAGGCGCUUCUCUGAGGGUGACGAGGAGGAUGAAGAGGAGGUGUAUCACGGAUACGGACCAAAGACCCCCUCCCUUAACGGCUACCACAACCACCACCAUCAUCCUCCUCACCACCAUCAUCAUCAUCCUCACCCCCACCUUCAUCACCACGGUCUGGGUCUGGACCCCAUGCACAACUACGUCAACACAGAGAAUGUAAACGUCUCGCUCAGCGCCAAACUGGACUCUGCGCGGAUCCUUCCGCGGGGGCGGGACUCUAGCGGCGUCUGUUCGACUCCCACCGUCUUUAACUUUGACUUCCGGUCGGGGCGAUUGACGGGCGGACCGGGUGGGUUGGGGUUGGAUCCCUUGAGGCAGCUGAACUACAUUGAGGUUGAGAUGGAGAAGGGCUCGGACUCCAGUGGGCCGCAGACGCCCAAGACCCCCACCACUCCCUGUGGUGUCGGCCUGGGCGGUCUCCUCCUCCCCCCUUCCACCCCCACGCGGCGGACCGAACUGUACGCCAUGAUCGACAUCGAGCGCACGGCGGCCAUGUCGAGUCUUCAGAAAGCACUGCCCCGUGACGAC